CACUAACAAACACCCAGCCCCGGCAUUCCCACCCCCUUCACCGCUGGGCCAUGAGACAGCCCGGCAUUCCCCCGCACCCACUAGCUGAAGCAAGCCAGGCAUUUCUGUCAUCCAUGCUUGGUGGCUCGUUCGACUGCCGGGAAGCCUAGGGGGAGCUUGCCGUGCUUGCCCAUUGGGCUCGAGCUGGAAAGCUUGUCGUCACCGUGCCUGCAUGAUGUCAUGGGUUCGGCCCCGAAAUGCUCCACACUCCCAGGUCUCUGCUGUCCACUGGUCGCUACGUCUUACCCCAUCAUUCCCGCACCCUACGAUUGUUCCACUGGCCCAGACAAUUCCCACAGGACCACGGUCCACAGAAGCCCCCGCCAAGCCGUUGACGUCAAAAGGCUCUCGAUCUGGCCAUAGCUCCCGGGCCUCACAUUCUCCAAAACGAAAAUGGCUCCACCCAAAAUGAGGCCCAGCAUCACCAGUUGCAGCACAGCUCCCACAGGCCACAGCUCGAGAGCCCAGAUGCCCCCCCCC